UACACAUCCACAGUCACUGUUUACGUGUAUAAUACACCAAGUCGAGUUUACCUUACUGUUCCACACCACAACUGACCUAGUUUUUCAAGCACUUUAUUCUAUAAAGUCGUUUUUCCAUACACCACAAUGAGUAAAACAGCCUAUAGCAAAUCGAAACGCGGAUACGGUCAUCCACAUCAUUUGUUCAAGUUGCCGACGAUGGCUGAUGCAGCCGCCAGCAAGGAUUUGGUCAAGGAAGAGGAGACGACACAACCGCUGACUGACCAUCAUGAAAAACCCGGCAACACGCUGACCGCCUUCACCCGAUACGUCGUCAACAAGUGCGCAUUAUUCUACGAAGGGUUGCAAGAAAAUCCAAUUUUCAAGAUAUUGUUCUUCGUACAAACAGCACAUAUAUUUAUGGCGUUGGCCGUUAUUCUGGUCGCUGUUACGAUGUUGACUGCAGGUGAUAUCAAUAAAUCGUCAAGGAUAGGUGAAAGAGUCAAACCAAGAAAAUUGGUUAAUAUUAUUCAUUUGGCAGCUUUCUGCACACACUUCGGCGCACAUAUAUGGAUGACAUUCAUUUCAGGAGUAUGUUUGUAUUAUAAGUUAUCAAGACAUGCUUUUGCCGAUGUCCAAAAGGUGCUGUUUCCAAAAUAUUACACCACGAGCAGUUGGCUAAACGCAUUUAUUCUAAUCCAAUUCGGAAAGAUUUGCGUUUCAGACAAUGUGUGGGAUAUACACACGUAUUUACAGUUAUGUGCACUGAGUCUAUGCUUCUUGGUGGAACUUAGCAUCCGUCUGUAUGUGGUACCGCCGAUGUUAAGACUUAUAACCGUCAAGAUGGCUAUAGAGAAGUCGGCGGGCAUUGGUCACGAAGUUGGGCGCCAAGAUCUAGGUCCGUUGCUCAACUGUCCCCAUUACAUGGCUUUACAUCGAACUUUUCGGAAGGUGCACAUGGCCAUGGCAAUUUGUAAUAUCAUCACCAUGAUGUGUAACGUUUUUCAUUUGGUGUACAUCGCAACCUAAUGCCACCACCGCAGCUACCAUCACAAUCGUCCCAGAACAAUCAAAAGUAGUUUUCAGUACAACAAAUAAUUUAAUCACUACGCAUAAUCUAUAGGUAUAAAUAAAAAAGAAUGUCGUUUUUUAUAUAAUUAAGUUUUUAUACAAAUGAGAAGAUAGAUACAUCAGUUAAUGCUUACAGUGAUGGCGCCAUUUUUUUUUGUGCGAAUAAUAUUAUUUGAUCGUUGUCGAAAACGGCAACACAAAACACUCAUUUCCGGUGCCACCACUGUAACACCAUAAUAAUGAUGGUAAUAUACAUUAAUACAUUAUAAUACCUUACCAUACUUUAUUAACUGCUAACAAAAUGACAGCCAUUACUUAUAGUUACUAUUACAACUUAGGUACAAGUUAUAACUACUAUUAUAUAAUUCCUUUUACAAAAAUCAACGAAGUACAAAUUAAAAUAAUAUUAAUCUACGUAUAGAUAUAAUAUUUAAUUCAUUAUAUAUUAUUUUUUAUUCUUCUUUUGUUCCUAUA